CGCAGACUCUGCAGAGACUCGCAGCUUAGUGGACGCGACUCAAGCAUGGAUUCUCCGCCCGGGUGCAGCCACGAGGACAUCGGCUACCUCAGCCUGGAGUCCACGAUCCCCUGGAUGAUCUGGCUGAUGAGAAUGCUCUGUUGGAGGCCGCGAUUGAAGCGGGAAUAGAGGAAGAGGAGAAAAUGCGGCCCAAACCUGAGCCGGGAGCGGCAGAAGAAAGCCACCCUGUCCUGGGAGCUCCCAUCAUCCUGGACGAAGAGACCCAGAAGGGCGGCGGUUCCGACGAAGAGCUGGAGCAGCUGCCGCCGCUGGAGGAGCUGACCUGUGGGGCUGCCCAGGGUCUGCAGCCCCAAGACAGGCAGCGUCGUUUCCAACGCAACACCUUCACCUCGCUGCAGCUGCAGGAACUGGAGACCGUUUUCCACCGUACUCAAUACCCUGACGUGUUCGCACGAAAGGAGCUUGCGAUAUGCAUGGGUGUGCCUGAAGCUAAAGCGGAGGUCGACGAACCUGAAGAAAACGACGUGAAAGAACUAUACUAAAACCUGCUCCAGGAUUGGGGCAGUUUUGUCUCCAACAUUCUCAUGCAGUUGUGUUUUACUGCCCUUUUCCAUUUAGUUUAGCGCUUUUAGGGAAAGCUGAAAAUUAGUAAAGCCAAGCUUAUAAAAAUUUACCAUUACUAAAGGGAAUAUGAUUUUUGAAUGGAAAAAUAAAAACGAAAAGAACCAAACUGCUACUCCUAUUCCCUGUACAAAAUUAAGCAUUAAAUAAA